UCGCAAGCACUAGGGUGCUCAGAACAUUGUAGACCCCCGGAGAUCUGACAAAAGUGCGCUGAGCGUCACCCCCUAUUUAUAAAUUAAAGGUAUACACGUUGAUCAUUUACAAGAUGGAGGUGUUCGGGUUUGAUGUUACCGUCACGUUGAUGCUGGUUGCAGGGCUGAUCUCGAUAGCUUUGGGAUAUGAUUGGUGGUGCCAUCAGUACUUCCAGCGAAGAGGUAUCGCUGUUGCUAGCGGUUACAUACCUAUCUUUGGAAACAUUCUGGCGUGGCGUCAUGGGAUUCAUGAGGUAUUCACUGACUAUGUUAAGAAACAUGGAAAAGUCGUCGGGAUGUACGACUUCAGACGUCCGGUCCUAAUCAUCUCAGAUGCACACAUUCUUAAGAAUGUGCUUGUCAAGAACUUCUCAAACUUCUACAACCGCAGAAUAUUUCCCAUAAACCCAAAGCCCCUAAGUCGCGGUUUGACCAUGCUUGAAAAUGAAGAGUGGAAGGAAGUUCGUAAUGUCGUCACUCCGUCAUUUAGUGCAUCCAAGAUGAGACUUAUGUCAGUCACUAUCAACGAAAUUUGUGAUACACUGGUGGCUAAUAUCGGCAAGUCCCAGGAAGACGGCAAAGUUGGGGACUAUAGAAAGCUGUACGGUGCUUUUACAAUGGACGCCAUCGCUAGGUGUGGAUUCGGUUUGAACGUAGACGCUCAGCAGAAUCAAGACGACCCGUUUGUGAAGCACGCAAAGAAAGCGUUUGAUUUCAGCCUGUUCAAUCCGGCAUUCAUGAUUGCCUCUGCCUUCCCAUCCACGGGGCCGCUACUGACUUAUUUCAAUUUCGGUACCUUCGAUGUAGAAAGUGUGAAAUUUUUUACUGGCGUGACUGACGCCGCUUGUAAAUUGCGCAAGGAGGAAAACGCUGGCGCCUCAAAGAACAUAGAUAUGCUCCAGUUGAUGAUGAAUGCGCACACCGAUGCCGAGCAUGAAGACAAGGGUACGGGCAAACGUCAACCUCUGUCAACUGAUGACGUCACGGCACAGGCUAUCUUAUUCUUCCUGGCCGGGUAUGAGACAACCAACACCCUGCUGUGCUUCGCAUCAUAUCUGCUCGCUACCAACCAAGACAUUCAGGAGAAAAUUCUGGCCGAGAUCGACAGCCACACUCCCACUAGGGACAACCUUGGCUAUGACGUCAUAUCAAAGAUGGAAUACCUCGACAUGGUGGUGAGCGAAACACUGCGCAUGUACCCGCCAGCAAACAUAUUUGAUCGCAUGUGUAACGAGACCAUAACCUAUGAAGGACUGACUAUCGAGAAGGGGUUGAAUGUGUUCGUCAGUCUAUGGACUCUUCACUAUGAUGAAGAGUAUUGGACAAACCCAACCAAAUUCGAUCCAGAAAGGUUCAGUGCUGAGAAUAAGGACUCCAUCAUUCCAUGCUCCUACAUGCCAUUUGGCUUCGGACCCCGUAAUUGCAUUGGAAUGCGCUUCGCUUUGUUGGAAGCCAAGAUGGCGCUGGUGCGCGUGAUGCAGCAGUAUCGCUUUGAUGUCUGCGCAGAGACAGAGAUUCCACCCACUCUCGGUAAAAUGGGAUUCCUGGCUCCGAAGAAACUCAAUCUUCGUUGCUCACCAAGGAAGUAAGUAGGAUCUUCUGAGGAGCUUGAAGAAAUAGAGCUGCUAAGCACAAACAUAUGCUCAGCAUAAAAUGGUUGCCUAGAUAAAAACAGGAUAACCCGACCGAUGUUCUACGUGAUUUUCAGGAUGAGCAAACAACAGCUGAAUACCAAUAACAUACAAUAUGCAACAAAUGCAAAUUUGUGUGGUAAUCAUGUUAUAAUCAAGGGAGAAGUUCCAUGCUUAGCAAAUUAUCGUGCUUAGCAGCUCUAUGAAAUAAGCCCAGAUCGAUCCUUUAAAAGGAAUGUGUGCCUUUAUUUUUUUUUUGAAUAAAACAAACCUUUGGAAACUCAAUUUCAAUAUGUGAUAGUGUUUUUUAGUUAUCACCGAUAAUCUGGAGUGGUGUGUUUACACAAAGAAAAAUCCGAAAUUUGAUUACACAAUCUAAGAAACGUUUCUGGCAAUAUCGUUUUGUAAUUAACAUGGUUGCUUUGUUUUAUUCUGAUGUUUUUUUUAACCAGAUUACUAACUUAUUUUGGUUUCAGCCAUGUGUAAGCACUGGACAUAUACCGAGCCCAGUAAACAAACGAAUCACAGGCGUUAUAUUACUCUGGAUUCGAACCCAAGACCCAUAUUUCGCAUUACUUCGAAGUUUAAUGGUUCUACAAAUUCUAUUGUACAAUGGUUAAUUACUCAAUUUAUAAUGUUUUGAUACUUUACUUUUUAAACUUUAGCAGUCGAGUUGUACAAACUUAUUCAAUUAUUAUUUUUAUCAAAAUUUGAUAUAACGUACUAAUUAUAAAUAUUUCAGUUUGAUGUAUCAACAUUCUAACUUUUAUUGGGUUGGUCUUUAAAAGUCACACAAAAUCAUCAACAUGUUUUAUGUUUUACUAAAGUUGUUAACGAUAGACUUUCCUCCAUUUUAUAUUGAUGUUUCUUAAGUUUAGGUUAUUUUUUGUUGUCUAACUAAAACAUUGACAUAAAAGCAACAACAAACUACUUAGUAACAAUAGUCAUUUUAAACUGGACACUAUUGAAAGUUGUCAAAGACCAGUCUCCUCAUUUGGUGUAUCUCGUGAUAUGCAUUAAUAGCAAA